UGACGUGGUUCGUCUAGAACGGCCUGACCUUGAGGAACAGAGGAACCAGCUGAUCGUGCGAAUCAACGCAGACAAGAACCAGCUCAAGGCCAUCGAGGACCGGAUCCUCAAGCUGCUCUUUGAGUCGGAGGGGAACAUUCUGGACAAUGAGGAGCUAAUUAAUGUGCUCAACGAGUCCAAGGUGACUAGCGGUGUGAUCAAGCAGCGUCUGGCCGAGGCAGAAGCCACGGAGGAGAAGAUCAGCCAGGCGAGAGAGAAGUACCGCGUGGUGGCCGAGAGGGGGUCGGUCAUGUACUUUGUAGUGGCUGACAUGGGAGAGGUGGAUCCCAUGUACCAGUUCUCCCUCAAGUACUUCAAGCAGCUCUUCAACAACACGAUCGAGACGAGCGAGAAGUCGGACAAUUUGGCAAACCGCCUGCUCAUCUGUUUGGACGAGACGACCAAGUGCAUCUAUAACAAUGUGGCCAGACAACUCUGGCCGUGAACCGGUUCGUCAGUCUGAACCUGGGCCAGCAGUUCGUGGAGAGUCCGGCGGUGACCUUGGGCGACCUGUACCGCGACAUGAACAACAUCACGCCGCUGGUGUUUGUGCUGUCCACGGGGUCGGACCCCAUGAGUGCCUUCCUGCGCUUUGCCAAGGAGAUGGAUUAUACAGAGAGAAUCCAGUCCAUCUCACUGGGCCAAGGACAAGGGCCCGUGGCGGAGAAGAUGAUCCAGUCAGCUGUGAAGAACGGGGACUGGGUCUUCCUACAGUCCUGGGCAUGGACUGGCGGAGGAUGAUCUUCGGCAUCUGUUUCUUCCACGCCAUCAUUCUCGAGAGGAAGAAGUUCGGACCUCUUGGGUGGAACAUUCCCUAUGAGUUCAGCGACAGUGACCGUGAGUGUGCCCUCCUCAACAUGCAGAUGUUCUGUGUCGACGGGUUCAUGCCCUGGGACACACUCAUAUACAUCACUGGAGAGAUCACGUAUGGUGGUCGUGUGACAGACGCACAGGACCAGAGAUGUCUGCGAACCAUUCUGAAGACAUUCUUCCAGCCCUGUACUCUAGACCCUGAAUACAAGUACUCUCCCUCUGGGAUCUACUACGCGCCCCAGUUUGAGACCAUCACGGAGUACCGGGCCUACAUUGAAGAGUUACCUCAGAUCGACCAGCCGGAAAUCUUUGGCAUGCACGAAAAUGCCAACAUUGCCUUCCAGGUUUCCUGACCGGCACCCUCCAGAACUAUGCGCGAAAGUACAACCUCCCGAUCGACCACCUGAGCUUUGAGUUCCACAUGAUCCCCGUGGACCGUGACCAGAGCGAGGUCACCGAGCAGAUGGAGACCGUCAAGUUUGGGGAGGAGAUCGCUCUGGACCAGGAGCUGACUCUCCCCGAGGACGGUGUCUUGGUCCACGGUCUCUUCAUGGACGGGUUCCGCUGGGACUGGGAGCAGAUGGUCUGCACCGACUCUCUCAAAGGCCAGAUGAACUCGACAGUUCCCAUGAUGCACAUGGAGCCUAAGAUGGACUACGUGCCGGACGAAGCUCUGUACUCGGCGCCGCUCUACAAGACGUCUGCCCGUGCCGGGGUGCUGUCCACUACUGGUCACUCGACCAACUACGUGGUGGCGGUCCAGCUGCCCUCUGUCCACCCACAGGACUACUGGAUAGCCAAGGGAGCCGCCCUGCUUUGUCAGCUCAGCGAGUAGAUCACACCGAUUGUGUGUGUGGGAGGGGGGCUCUGUCUGUCGCGCAUACAUGUAUACACACACACACACCUACACACACACAAA